UCUCCGGAGCCAAACUCGAUCAAUCAAAACGACCUAAUAUUCAAUCAAAACCAAACGGAUCAAAUCAAAAGUCUGGGAAACGGAUAAUCAGGGACGGAAAGGUAAUGGUCCCAACAUCGGAAUGCGGGUCCCGAAUCAAUCUAGAAAGACAUUUCCACCUUUUAUCACUUCGGCCAAGCCUUUCACCAGUUUGGCAGUAGCUUUCCAUUUUCGGCAAUGCCCCUUCCUUCUCCUUCUUCUUCUUUUCCUUUCGUUUAAUUAAAGUAUCUUAGGAAAAGGAAAAAGAAAGGAAGGAAGGAAAGGAAGAAAAUCGGAGAGAGAUAUCAUGGCGAGGGGAAAGAUCCAGAUCAAGAAGAUAGAGAACAAGACCAGCAGGCAGGUAACGUACUCGAAGAGGCGGACCGGUCUGUUCAAGAAGGCCAACGAGCUCACCGUGCUCUGCGAUGCCAAGGUUUCUAUCAUAAUGUUCUCUAGCACUGACAAGCUCCAUGAGUACAUCAGCCCUUCCAUCACAACGAAGCAAUUAUUUGAUCAGUACCAAAAGACCUCAGAGAAAGAUCUUUGGAGCUCUCAUUAUGAGAGAAAUCUAAAAAAACUAAAGGAGCUUAAGGAGGUGAAUGGGAGCCUAAGAAGGGAGAUAAGGCAGAGGAGGGGUGAAUCUCUGAAUGAUCUGAACUUGACGGAAUUGCAUGGUCUUGAGCAAGAAAUGGAGGCUGCUGUCAAGGUUAUUCGUGACCGUAAGUAUCGGGUGAUUACUAACCAUAUUGACAUUCACAAGAAAAAGUCAAGGAAUGCUGAAGAAGUACAUGGAGUUCUUCUGCAUGAACUUUUUAUUAAGAAUGCAAGAAAUGAAGACCCACAUGGGUUAGUCGAUAAUGCAGCAGGGGAUUAUGGUUCCUUCGUUGGAUACUCAAAUGGAGAUUCUCACAUAUUUGCUUUAAUUACGCCUGCAACCUUACCAGCCUAAUUUUCAUAGUGGAUCGGGGUCAGAGCUCACAACAUAUACCUUACUUGAGUAGACCUUAUGAUCACCACACAAAUUCCCCCGAUUCAGUUACCAAUAUUUUAUUUCCAGAAUGCAAAUUAUUUGUAGUAUCAGCGUUUAGAUCUAAUGACUUGAUCAACUUUAUGUAACUACAUACAAUAUUCUGUCGUUCUUCUUCUAGUUGUACGUGAGAGAACAUGCAUGCAGUUGACUUAUUUGCUUUCUGAUUAAUAUAGCAUGACGAAGUUAGAAUCUCGUUUAAUUAA